AAAAAGUCCACUAUGAAGCGUUUUGUGAUUUUAAGUGUGGUAUUGAUUGGAUACGCAUUUGGAGUUCCGUUAUCCGAAGAUCCCGUUGCUAAGGAAAACUCGCCUACUCUUCUAAAAUCCCUUGAUAGAUGCAUACUUAAUCAAGGAGAUCUCCCGAACCUGAUAAAUUGUGCCGCCUCAAGAAUGUUAAAAACAAUCGAAAAAGCUAAUAAUGAACCCAUUAUUAACGUUGUCCCAGGUAUUUCUUUUGUAAGUGAUAAUACCAGGCAAGCCAAACAACUUAACAAUAACUUAAACGAAGUACUGCUACCAACAGACCCAAACAAAAAAACCAACAAACUCAUGGAACUCAUUCUCAGCGCAGCAAACAGAUUUUUGUCAGGGAAAUCCCUCAAAAUCCAACUACCUGUCAUUUCCAAAGAAUCCAUCGGUAGGGCCAUCGAGGAGGGCCGCGGCAAGAUGAAGAAAAACAUGAACCCAUGGAUGAUGGGGUUGGGAGCCACCAUGUUCACCAUGGUACCCAUCCUAAUGGGCAGUUUGUCUUUAAUGGCAACUAAGGCUCUUAUGGUGGGUAAAAUGGCUUUGGUCGUGUCUGCAGUUCUGUUUAUACAAAUGUUUUUGACUGGAAGGAAUGUACUUCCUAAUUAUGGAUGGAACAACAUUGGAGGAUGGGGAAAUAAUGUAGGUUAUGGGGGAGGUUAUGGAGGAGGUUAUGGUACCAAUAACAUUGGAGGAUUUGGAAAUUCACCUCAAUAUCCCUACGCGAGAUCAAUUGAGGUUACCCCUGAAGAAAAUAAUGAGAAGACUGCAACAGAAUUAGCUUAUUCUGGACAUUAA